AACUAGGUUUCUAAUCUCCGGCGAAUCGGAGCUCUCUCUUCCAAUUUCCCCCUUGUCGUUUCCCAGCGAUGAUUUCCGGAUAGCUUCCGCUGAUUCCAACUUUCUAGCUACAGCUAUGGCAAUGGGACUUCUUCGUCUUGUUUCUAUAGCUUUUACACUUGUUCUAGUUUCAAUCCUUCCUCUUCAUGUCUCUCUCGCUGGUGAGAUUACAUCUAUUGAAUCUGUUCCUGACCUUCAGAAGCUAAUGUAUGUUGCUGUUGAUGGGUAUCCUUGUGUACGGCUUCUCAAUCUUUCUGGAGAGAUUGGUUGUUCAAAUCCUGGAUUGAAUAAAGUGGUGGCUCCAAUCAUAAAAUUAAAGGACGUUAAAGAUUUAGUUCAGCCACACACUAUUUUGGUUACAGCUGAUGAAAUGGAAGAAUUCUUUACCAGGCAUGUCUCCUUUGUCAUUUAAAAAAGUUGUAUGACCUCUAUUCGGUUUUGUAAUUAAUCUCUUAACUUGUG